AUGCUUCUCUUUGCGAAGAUAGCGAUGGCGGUAGCCGCUACUGUCAGCACCCUCGUCGGCGUCUGGCGGGUGGCUGAAGUCCUAGAAUUGCAACCUAACCUCACCCUUCCUGACGCUCAGUCUUACUUCGACAUGGUUAGAUUUGGGUUUGCAAAGCCAUUUUUCGGUAUGGACAAGACUGGCGACGCAGCCACAACUUUCAUUGUCCCCGAUUCAGUUACUGUCGAAACAAAUGUCACAGUUCCCCGCGCCAUCCCCUACUCCUGCCUCUCUUUCGAUCUUCCGGCAAUGUUCUGGGCACAAGCAUGCUCUUCCCAGGCUGAUCCUUCACUGGAAAUACUCUACCCGAACCCCGAUGAAGAAGCUGCCUCUUAUCAUCAGUUCGUCCUGGAGAAGCUAGCCACAUUCAAUACCAUGCUCGAUUACCUCUUCUCCCUCGUUGAAGAGCCUCCAACUUCAGCUUUGAGCAGCUUGGGUUUCGGCUUGGUUGCUCUCUUUAUACUCGGUGUUGUCUUUGUCCUUGGGAGUGUUUUGUACUGGGGUCUCUUCUUCGUCGAUCUGAGAGGCUACAGCGCUCUGGCAACCCCAGAUCAUUUUCCGAACGUCACCGAGCUUGCACUCUCUGAUCCAGAUGCCGAUGACAAUGACGCUCUUUCGGUUGUUUCAGAUAUUGUGCAGUCCAUGCCCCAGAAUGCUCAGCUGCAAGACGAAGAGCAAUGCUUAGGGUGGGAAAUGCUUGCAUAUGCCACCGAGAUAUCACAAGCUCAUGCGGACAUUGUGAGAGAAGACCUUCGCCAUGCAAUCACGAAAUCCGUCCAGGACAACAAGUCUGAAAUUGGCCGCGCGAUUACUCAGCAACACAAACUCGAACAACAGCUUCGUACAGGCUUAGAGAACGUGCUCGAGGGAAAUGAAACCAACAUUAGGAUGCUAAAGAAGGAUCUGACAGCAAUCCGGUCCAAGCUCGACUCAUCGACUGCCAAGUGGGACAACAAACUCAGAGCAACCGACGAUCUGAUUACCAAUCUCGACACAAAGAUCAAUUCGAAACCGAAUCAUGACACCGUUUCGAAGCUUGAGACUAAGUUGACGAAAGCUAUGGCUGCUUCAUCGACUUCCGUUCAAUCAGAACUCAAGGCACUUAAGAGGGUUGAAACCUCUGUUUCCCACCAGGAUACAAGCAUUGCCAACGUCAUGAAAGACUUUAAUGCACUAAAGUCCACUGUUCAAACACUUGCGCAGUGUUCUACCAAACAGCAUCAAGAGAAUGCAAAUCUGCUGCAACAACUUCAGAAAGAGCGUAAACAUUUGGCUGAAGUCACAAAGGUAUUGGAGGAAGAAAAUCAGCGAACUGCUGAGGCCACAACCGAAAUCUCGACCAGAAUUGAGCAGCUGGAAACUAGUCUGGAGUCCAAGACGCAGGCCAUCGGUGCUCAACUUGGAGAACAGCAAGGACAGCUGAAGGAGGUGCAAAAAGAGGUCGAGUCACAAGCGGCCGGCAUUGUUACCACCAAGAAGCUGGCCAACUCGAAGGCGGACGCAGCUCAUGUCAAGGAGCUUGAAAACAAGUUCUCUGGCUAUGUUAAAAAUCACCUCUUCGCCAAUCUCUCGAAAGAGGUUACGGACGUCUCUGCCAAGGUCGACUCUACUUUUCGAGACGUUCGAGACGUUCAAGGGCCGAUGGAGCGAAAGAUUUCCAAGGUGGCUGAAGACGUCACAAAUCUCCAGCAUGCUUUGAACGAAGUUGUACCGCUCAAAUCUCAAGUUGCUAACAAGGUCGACAAGGACAUAUUGACAGCCGCCGAGGAAAGCAUGAAGGCUGACCUCUUGGCCCUAUCUAAAGAGCUCCGAAGCGAGGCGGAUACCGUCAAAAGCCAACUUGCUUCAAAGGCUGAUGCAGAGAGCCUUCACAAAUUGAAUGAGACGAUCAGCGUGGCUCAGUCCGAGCUGAAGUCCAUCAGAGAUGACUUCUCUACCAAGAUUGCCAUCGGACAAGUUACCGAGUUGAAGAAUUCACGCCGACCGAUUGGGCCAGCUGCGCCAAAAUUUCCAGAAUCUUCUCCAUCAUCUGGUAUGGAAGCAUCCAAAUGGGUUAGUCCUCAAAAUAAUCCUCCAUCCGGUUCUUCAGUGGACGUCAAAGCUUCUCGAUCAGCUGGCGUCGAAGCAUCCAAAUGGGCCAGUCCUCGAAAUGAUGCCCAAUCCGGUUCUUCAGUAGACGUCAAAGCUUCUCAAUCAGCUGGCAUCGAAGCAUCCAAAUGGGCUAGUCCUCGAAAUGAUCCUCAGUCCAGUUCUUCAGCAGUCGUCAAACCUUCUCGAUCAGCCGGCAUGGAAGCAUCCAGAUGGGCCAGUUCUCCAAACGAUCCACAAGCUAGAUCAUCAGAUGACGCCAGAUCAAAGUGGCAAGGUCCCCAAGCAGCUCAAGAGACGAAAUCUUCGACGCCUGAUGCGCCCGCUACACCUGCAAAGGUCGAUGACUCUGCCUCAAACCAAUCCAAGAGGGAAGACGGACCUGGGUUUUCCCCGGCAAGCGCCACGACCGAUUCCUCAAAGCAGCUAAUGGCAUCUCGGUGGAGUACUGCGCCAGAAUCAGCGGGAGCACUGCCCAUCGAAACCCCCAGUGCUGGCAAUUCGGCUGUCGAAACAUCACAGACUCCGACCGCGCCCAAGGCCAUGCAAGCAGCCACAGCAGCUCGUCCUCAACCAAAGCCAUUCAAGCAACGAAAGUACGACUACAACAACGGACCAGGGCCGAAUGGUGGUCAAAGGAGGAUGACGCCCCAGACUCAAGCGCACAACCGAAAGAGACGGGUGCAAAACGAUAUCAAAUGCGCCCUGUCUCGCUUUACACCCGCACAAAAGGCGCAUGCGAGGUCUUGCCAGGAUCCGGUCGGGAGACACUUCGCCGAGGGCUCUGCGUGGACGUGGCUCAAUCCAAUCCUCGAGCGAAACUAUCGACACUACCAAGUGCGUCCACCGCCGGGAUGGGUCGCGCCGUCGGGGCCUCCACUGCAGCAAACCCUUCCCUCAUCCACCCAAGAAGGAGAGGACACAUCAGAUGCGGAUGAAGAAUUCUAUGAUGCGGAUGAGAAUUUCGAGCACGAAGCACAGACUCCCCGAGAAAACGAGCAGCCAUCCGACGCGAUGUAA